GCGAAAGUCGGGUCCGCUCCAGUCAUUCAGUCAGUCAGUCAAAUCAGUCGUCCAACUAAACAACGGUAGCAUCCGUGCUAAACACAGAAGGCCUUUUCGAUGGACAACACAUUAACCGGGCCAGCACAUUUACUCGACGCUCACCUGCUGUAGCAGAACGGUCACCGCUUACCUCUCUCUGUUCGCCCUCCAUCUUUGAAGAGACUUAUCCGCCGCCGACAUACCUAGGUUACCAAGUGGAAAUUAUGUCUUGGCAGAGUUCUGGCCUUCUCUAAUUCCCCGACAAUUUGUUCGCCGAACCUCCCACGACCAGACGAAGACUGACUACAUACCACGCAAAACACCUACUACGUACAACUACCCGACAAUCCAGUCUAACCCGGAAAAGGAGUGGAAGCAUCUUGCAGCGGCAACAGCAACGGAGCAGCUAGACCCAACCACACAAUAUAUUGACAUAUUGGCCCAAGAUGUCUCUUGACUUGGAAAAACACCUCACCUUUUACGGUGCAUACCACUCCAACAAGGUCAACAUUGGCAUCCACAUGAUCUGCGUGCCCUUGAUCCUCUUCUCGGGCUUCACAAUUGCAUCAAACACGGGCCCUCUGUUCCAUCUGCCCAGCUGGCUAGUUAUCCCACACCUGGAGCCAACGCUCGGCACACUGGCCGCCCUCACAUGGGGAGGUCUGUACCUGCUUCUCGAGCCAGUCGCUGGUACGCUAUUGGCCAUAAUAUGCCUGGGCGCCGCCGCAACUGGCAACCGCCUCAUCGAGGUAGACGCUGAGACCACGACCAAGGCCGCCAUUGCAGUCCACGUUGUUUGCUGGAUCUUUCAGUUCAUCGGCCACGGCACCUUCGAGGGCCGUGCCCCGGCACUGCUCGACAACCUCGUGCAAGCCGUUUUCCUCGCGCCUCUCUUCGUCUGGCUUGAGCUUCUAUUCGCCCUGGGAUACCGCCCUGAGCUUCAGGCUCGCGUUGAAAAGGCCGUUCAGAAGGAGAUUGCCAAGUUCAAGUCGAGCAAGGAGGCCAAGAACGGCAAGGCGAACUGAUAUUGCCUCGGUAGCUGGGCAGCUUGUUUACCGCAAUUGAUAGAAGGGAUAGGAUACCGGGCGACUCAACCGAGGCUAGCAACGGCCCCGAUAGAGGCAUGCAUUACUAACAAAAUGGCAUAUUUCGAUGAUUGACUUUGGCUCUAGACUUUGUUGGGCUCGACCUCCAUGACAUAGAAUCUCGACUGUUCUCUUGAUCUUACGUUUUGGACUUGACUGCUUAGCGGCAGUGGGAUACCUUUCUAGAGUUACCAGCUUUGGAUUCGGGAAACGAGCCGCUGCAUCCGACAUGCAGGUGCUGUGCAGUCACUCUGCAUAAACAUGCGGUCCGCCCACCCUGGACAACGAUUGAUUUGGAUACAACCUUCGAGACAUAGCAAGGUGCCCCGUGACACAGCUCUCGGCAGGUCUUGGCGACAAACAGCGUUCUCCGGGAAGAAGCCAUAUCAAGCGGGAAGAGGCAUGGCAUGAAUGAAGGUGUGGUGUAACGUAGAGCGUCUCGCUGAAGCAUUUUGAUAGUAUAUUCCUGUCAAGAAUGGAACAGAAUGAAGAGAAAUGAUAGACAACAGCUACCUCCCAAAGCUCGAGACCACCAGCCUAUACUGAUUUCACUUUGUAGGCCUCACUUGAGCCGAAAUAGUCUUUGG